UCGCAGGGGUAUGAUGAGUGAGGUACCCUGGAUGCGCCUGCAAAACACGGUUUUACCAUCUCGACCUCCCACCAAACAAGAAUUUUGCAAAGCAGCAUGGAAAACGUAGUUUGUUUGAUUACCCACUCACAUUUUCGAAAAAUUUGAGCAGUGCAGCGGUCGAACUACAUCACCAGUCAUCCGUGUGUGUUGAACUGAAGACCCCAGUCCAUGCAAGCAAAGGUCACUGUGUAGUUAAGCAGUGGGACAGACAGUUUAUUUGUGUAUAUGACAUCAAGCUGUUCAGAAACUCGCGACUUAACUGACUUUAACGUUAUUAUUAUUUGUUAUUUAAACAUGCUUGACUCCUACUAGCAGUGUAUGAAAAAAAGUUGUUAAUGAUACAGUGACUCAGCAGGCUGGACUUCGUGAAUGGUGCUUUCCGAAGAAAAUGAAUCGCCAGUUCCCAAGAAAUGGCCCCGGGUGACAAAGUUUGUUUUGUCUGCUUGUGCAGCAGCUGUGUCUGAGAUAGUAACGUUUCCUCUGGACUUGACCAAAACCAGGCUGCAGAUCCAAGGUGAGGCUGCCCUUCGUGGAGAUGGAGGCAGCAGGAGAAGAGCAUACAGGGGAAUGAUCCGCACAGCAGCAGGGAUAGUUCGGGAAGAAGGACCAUUGAAACUAUGGCAGGGUGUCACACCUGCCAUCUACAGACACAUAGUGUAUUCAGGGGUGAGGAUGGUAUCUUAUGAACAACUGCGGGAGUCCAGAUUGGGCAGAAAUGAAGAUGGCAGUUUUCCUUUGUGGAAAGCGGGAAUUGGUGCUAUGAUGGCUGGUGCCAUUGGCCAGUUUUUUGCCAGUCCUACAGAUCUGGUAAAAGUCCAGAUGCAGAUGGAAGGGAGGAGGAGAUUUGAAGGCAAACCCCCCAGAGUACAAGGAGCAUACCACGCUUUUGUGAAAAUCAUUUCUGAAGGAGGAGUCCGUGGCCUGUGGGCAGGCUGGGUGCCAAAUGUACAGAGGGCUGCCUUGGUCAAUUUAGGAGAUCUGGCUACAUAUGACUCAGUGAAGCACUUUUUACUACAAAACACAGCAUUGCAAGACAACAUGAAAUGCCAUGGGUUGUCAAGCAUAUGCUCAGGCCUUGUUGCUGCUACUAUGGGAACCCCAGCGGAUGUAAUAAAAACAAGAAUCAUGAACCAGCCAACAGACUCAUAUGGAAGAGGUUUACUCUACAGGUCCUCUCUUGACUGCCUUGUUCAGUCAGUAAGAGGUGAAGGAUUCUGGUCUUUGUAUAAAGGUUUUCUGCCUACCUGGAUGAGGAUGGCACCAUGGUCCAUGACAUUUUGGCUCACAUUUGAACAGAUUAGAAGAAUAACGGGCAUCAGCUCAUUCUAGUGCUUAGGAAGAUAAAUGACAUAACAGCUACUGACUCACUGUGUUUUUGAUAAUGUACAACUCAAGUUUUUCUACUGGUUACUGUUAAACUUACUUUGAAAAGUUAAGUUACAAGAUGUUCAUGCUACUAUUUUCAUGUAAUAAUUAGAGUUAUAAAGGUUGUAAAACAUUACCUGAUUAUUGAUUUAUUUUAAAUAAAUCUAAUGUUUCUUCCCA